UUUGACUUAAGUAAUGGAGUUGUGCACUUUGUCCACCUCUGUUUUUGUUGACUAACAUAUAAAGGUUCACUAUUAACAGAUUUUUCAUCAUACCAAAGAUAAAACAUUUACAGAAUGGUAGACCAGAACAUCAUUUGGAGACAAUUUAACUCCAUGAAGCCUUUUCAUAUUUAGUGGCUAGAUAAUAACAGAAAAAAUGUUCUUGGAGGAAAAUUAGAGGAACUAGAGGCAGUAAAUUGUAUUUUAACCACUCAAAUCAAAACUGUCUUGCCUCCAAGUCCCACAUCUUUGUCUUUGUUGUGAUUGCAGGCCUUUUUCCUGUCUGCGUUGUUUCAGCUGGUCUUGGCUUAGUUCCAGGGAAGUUGUGACCACAGCAAGAUUUCCAUUCUGUCCAACACCCUGGAGAGCAACUAAGAUAAGUACAUGGGAGAAAAGACGGACACUUCGGCAUCAGAGGGACCUGCAUUGGCAUCUUAUCGUGCUAUAGACAUGGAGGCAUCCAGUGACAAGCUUUUCUGCUGCAGGUGGGUGCGCAACAAGGUUCCCCUGGCCCACAGAGAGGAGCUGUACCACAUCCUGAGGAUGACGGGGCCUCUGCUGCUCUCUCGAAUCCUCAAUUACCUGCUUCCAUUUGUGGUCACAAUGUUCUGUGGACGUCUGGGAAAUGACGUGAUGGCUGGCUACGGAUUGGCUUCUGCUACAAUUAAUGUCACCACUGCAGCAACUGGAUAUGGUCUGGGGCUGGCAUGUGAUACGCUGGUGUCUCAGACAUUUGGUGGUAGGAACCUGCUGCGGGUGGGAGUGAUCCUUCAGCGGGGCAUCAUCAUCCUGCUGCUGUUCUGUCUGCCUUGCUGGGGUCUGCUCAUUAAUGCCCAGGCCAUCCUGUUAUGUGUGGGUCAGGACCCUGAGGUGGCCAGAAUAGCCCAGCUGUAUAUUACAGCCUUCCUCCCUGCUGUACCAGCAAUGUUUCUACAUAACCUUCAGGUGUCUUACCUGCAGAACCAGGGUAUAAUACUGCCUCAAAUGUACACUGCCGCCAUGGCAAACAUUGCAAAUGUGGUGACGAACUACGUCUUUCUUCACUGGCUGGAUCUGGGGGUUAGUGGAUCUGCAGCAGCCAAUACUCUGUCUCAGAUUUACAUCUGUGCUUUUCUGUUUGCUUACAUUUGGUGGAAGAAGCUCCAUGUGAAAACAUGGGGAGGUUGGUCCGUAGAAUCACUGCAGGAGUGGGGUUCCUACAUGAAGCUGGCCAUCCCCAGUACACUGAUGAAGUGCUUUGAGUGGUGGGUUUAUGAGUUUGGAGGAUUUUUUGCAGGGAUGCUGAGUGAAGACGAGCUGGCAGCUCAACAUGCUGUGAUAAUGGUGGCAUUCAUAACCUACAUGUUUCCUCUCGGUGUUCAAGCUGCAGCGUGUGCCCGUGUGGGUAAUGCUCUCGGGGCAGGAGACACUGCCAGGGCAAUCCUCACCAGCAAGAUGUCACUCACUCUUGCAGGCAGCAUGGCGGUUGUUGAAGGUCUGGUGCUUGGCUCUACUAAAACAGUGAUUGGCUCCAUCUUUACCUCUGAUGAGAAGAUCAUAGGUCUGGUUUCGCACUUGAUGAAUGCCUACUGUUUCCUCCAGUUCUUCGAUGGUCUUGUGUGUGUGUGCACAGGCAUCUUCUUGGGCACGGGCAAACAGAAGAUACCAGCUGUGGCUAAUUUCAUUGGCUACUACUGCAUAGGACUUUCACUGAGUGUUACUUUAAUAUUUGUAGCAAAGCUGAGAGUUUUAGGUUUUUGGCUGGGACUGCUUGUUUGUGUCAUUUUACAAUCCACCUUCUACAUCAUUGUCAUCUUCAAGCUGAACUGGGAGAAAAUGACAGAGGAGGUAGGCUUUUCAGCGCCUCUGAGUUUGGACUUCAGUAUCAAACUGUGCCUUCAAAACCUACUGUAUUUGUUACACGUAAAGGUCUCUGCUUGCUUGCAGGCGCUGAAACGAGCUCAGAAGAACACUCACAUGAUAUUAAUAAGCACAGCUGCACUGUCGGACACUGAUGGUAACAAUACUGCUGACCGGACAGCAGGUAAUGGAAACUCAGUGGAUGGCUAUAUAUCUGUGAGAACUGAGUGCCAUGAUGGAAAUACAGAGACACAAGAUGGACAUGUGGUCCAGCAGGUGAAGGGAGGUCGUCUCUCCACCACCCAGCUGAUACUCAGGCGAGGCCUCACUAUGUUUUUGGCUGUCGGACUUCUGGCUGUGGGAGCAAGUGUGCACUUCCUUGCACCCUUUCCACAGACCUUUUCUUCAGAGGCCAACUUUACGAAGGCCUGGAUCAAUACUACGUACACUCCUGAUCAAAUUUUAUCCACUGUUCUGGUCCCAAAUGAAGAGUGAGAUUGACUUCAAGAGUUCAACAUAA